AUGAAGGUCCCAAAUAGGAAAAAGAUGAAAACCCGAGACAACAAGAAGCUUAACGAGUUCGUAUUCAACGUUAAGAUCGAAGAUAUACGAACGUUGCCAUCAAAACAGGCUCUGCCAAGGGUGGUUAUGUCUCCACAUCGAGAGCAGGAGGGAACCAGCCAAGUAUUACUCCGUACUUGGGAUACCAGACAACCCCUUGGCAGAGAGAUGUAUAUUACCCGUCAACAGGAGUUAUCAUCGACCAGGCUAAGGGCCACUCCUCCAAGGGUGGACGAAUUGACAAGGCAAUUAGUAGGCUAG